AUGGUCUUCGUGCUCAGGCAGCUCCAGGAAAAAUGCCGUGAACAGAACAAGGGUCUAUACGUCACCUUCGUGGAUCUGACGAAGGCCUUUGAUACAGUGAGCAGGAAAGGCCUAUGGCAGAUCUUGGAGCGCCUAGGUUGUCCACCAAAGUUCCUCAGCAUGGUCAUCCAGCUGCACGAGAGCCAGCGUGGUCAGGUCAGAAGCAGGAACGACCUUUCAGAGUCCUUCCCGAUCACCAACGGGGUGAAACAGGGAUGUGUCUUAGCCCCAACCCUCUUCACCAUCUUCUUCAGUGUGAUGCUCCAACAGGCCACAGAAGAUCUCGGCGACGAAGACGGCAUCUACAUAAGAUACCGCAUGGAUGGUAGCCUGGUUCACUUGAGGCGACUACAGGCCCAUACCAAGACCCUAGACCGAGUUUGGAACAACAAGCACCUGAAGAUAGCCACAAAAGUCAGUGUCUACAGAGCCGUGGUAUUGACGACCCUUCUGUAUGGCUCGGAGUCAUGGGUCACAUACAGACACCACCUGCGUCUCCUAGAACGGUUUCAUCAACGAUGUCUUCGCACCAUCCUCAACAUACACUGGAGUGACUACAUCACCAACGUUGAAGUCCUGGAGCAAGCAGAGAUCCCCAGCAUCGAGGCCACCUUGAUGAAGACGCAGUUACGCUGGGCAGGUCAUGUCUCAAGAAUGGAGGAUCAUCGUCUACCAAAGAUUGUCCUCUACGGCGAACUCUCCACCGGCUACCGCCACAGGGGAGCACCGAAGAAGAGAUUCAAAGACUCUCUGAAGAAAUCUCUGGCUUCUUGCCACAUUGACCUCCACCAGUGGCCAGUCCUUGCUGCUGAACGUGAGGCUUGGCGACACACUGUAAACCAGUCAGUCUCAACUUUUGAGAAGAACCGCAAAGCUGCCCUUGUAGAGAAGCGCAGCAGGAGGAAGACCCGCAAAGUCACGGCUCCAACUACAGACCCAGCAUUGACCUGCAGCCGCUGCGGCCGAGUCUGCCUGUCACGGAUAGGGCUCAUCAGCCACCAGCGCGCCUGCAACAGACGUGGGAAACAACCCUAG